AUGGCAAAGCAUUCCUGGAGCCCUGAACAAACCCAGAAUUCAACCACCAAGACAAAGAAGCGCAAGAGAGACUCUGAGAGCUCAUCAACUACAUGUUACGAGGUUUGCCGUCUAGAUCACGUGGAAGUGCUCUAG